AUGGAAACAUACAUUCGCUUAGCUGACUCGGUUAUUGAAUUCGAUAUCGAAUUUCUUGGCACACCCACAAGUGAACACACCAAGCAUUCGCUGAAAAUUCAGCAAGAGGAGCUAAAGGUGAUGUGGGAGAAAGCCAAAGCACUUUUUGAUGACUUGCUGGCUACGGAAUCAAUUGGUGCUAAAGAUCUAAGUUCGAUACGUAAGAAAGGAAAAACGUGCUAUGCAGCUUUUGUGCGAUGUAUGUCCAAAAUAAACGAUUUGUCGGAAAAAUUUGCAAAAUCGGAAAAGGAAGAUGAGGACAUGUCAGCCACACAGCAUAAUUUACACCUACCGCCUUGUGAUAUCGACGCAUUCAAGGGCGAUUAUUUGUCAUGGCCAACAUUUCGUGACAUGUUCACGGCUAUAUAUAUAUUGAACAAGCGGCUGACACCCAUUCAAAAGCUUUACUAUCUUAGUCAGAAAACGCAGGGUGAAGCCAAAGAAAUUGUUAAGAAAUGCGACCUGACAAAUGAUGGGUUUAAUAUAGCCUGGAAGAAUUUGUGCGAUAGUUGAAGAUCCUCUUCAAUCUACAGGCGGUGGAAACUGAAUGCGGGAGUGCAAUUAAAAGAUUGCAAAGGGAUAUAAACAAUUGCAUAUCUUCCCUGGAGAGUCAUAAAAUUGACAUUUCAACCUGGGAUCCAAUAAUUACAUACCUUUGCUCCACAAAAUUACCAGAAGAGACUCUUUCGCUGUGGGAGCAAUCAGUGCAAAAUAAAACAGAUAUUUCCAAGUGGGCUGACAUGGACCAAUUCUUGUCAAGCAGAUUCCAAACUUUGGAAUCGGUCUCGGGGUUGAGAGGAAUCAAGGUUUCAAAAAUUUCAAAAGGGUUAAGUCAUAAGCAUUCCUCUGAACCGCCACAAAAGAAACUUGGCACUUUUCAAACUAGUGUAAGC